AUUAUGGAGAGGUAGUCAAUUAUUCGAUGAGGAUGGGAUUGCUUCUGUAAAAGUAACACUUGAAGUCCCUAAGAACACUAAAUUACCUGCUAAAUUUAUGUUUAAAAGUUCGGGCUCAAUUUUGGAAACCUCUUGUACUAGUAUUAGUGGAAAUUUUACUAUAAAAGAGUAG